ACGUGGACCCCUACGAAUACUGAUCUAAUUGUAUGCAAAGGUGAAGAUAAGGGUGCUGAAAUCACAGAGCAAGAUAAAGGUAAAGAUAGAAACCUUCAAGAUACCAGUAGAGGUGAGCCAGCACCCAUUGUUGGUGCAGAAGGGGAAUAUAUUGAUAUCCUUCAAGCCACUAUGCUUUUUGGUAGAGCUCAGUCAGUUAAAGAAGAAAAACAAAAAUCAGAGGCACAAAUCCAACCACACGCACAAAUUCAGGGACAAAUGCAGAGAUAUCCACAGAGACUUGCACAAAUCCAGCCACAGGAUUCACACAGUCAAACACAAGGGCAGACAGCAACACGGAUGCCACCUCCCACACAGUGGCAAGCACAAGUGCAGUUACCUGCAAAACCUCAAACGCAAAGUCAUCUUAGACCCAACGCGUCUGCAGAAAAAGGACCCCCAUCCACUUUCAGUCAUUCCCAACCGCACCACCCUCACUCUGACUUCACUGAUCCCUCUGAGUGUGUCCGGACUGUGCAUUUCUCAGAGAAACCCUGUACUCCAUGCAUGAGAAGAAAACAGGGCGGGAAGGUUUCCAGGGCUCAGGAACUGAGGUGUCGAUACAGGGACUCCUACCAGGCUGCGCUGCAAAAUCCCGUCACCUUUGGAAAGGAGAAAGAGAAGGGAACUGCAUUAGCUGUGGUGGAGGAGGAUGGUGAUUUUUCACUGUGUAAUAACAGACAGGGGCCACUUGAGACUGAAACAAGGGAUCUGUGUUUUAAUGUUCAAAGAAUGUAUUGUGACUCUGGGAUGCAAAACCACCGUGCUGAAGCUGUUUGUAAGGAGUCGGGAGACUAUGACACAACUCCGUAUUGGAAACCAGGAGAUACAAACAUCACCCCCUGUAUGGAUUACAGGGGAAUAAAUGCUUGUCAAUUUGGUGAGCUACCAGAGCAGACAUAUGAUAGGACCACAGUGCCAUUUAGGGAACCACUGGAUGUAAAAUCUGCCUAUGGCAGCACACAUAAUGUGAAUGGAACAAAUUCAACAGUAGAAACACAGAUGACCAACGCUAAAGCUCAGUCGAGCUCACAUGAUACUGCACAGUCACGUGUCUCCACCAAACACCACGGAUUACCAUUUAGUUCUAGUGAAAUUUCUGGGAAGCACGUGACCCUCAAACCCUGCGAACAGCUGCCAAACAGAACAAGUUCUGCGGGGAGCCCUUUCACAGCAUCACAAAACAGACAAGUAUGCACAUCGGAUAAAAGGUGUUCAUCCCUCUCCACUGCUGUGGUGGACACCUCAGAGAAGUGUGAACUGGUUAUCGUCGAUGGUAAAAAUGUCAGGAGAGAAAAUACCAACUCCUGUGCAGAGAUUCCCCAGCUGCAUGUGGUUAAAUGUAAAAACAGCACCGCCUUCAGAUUAGUUUCACCAAAGAUCAACAGGAGGAAGAUGGCUGUUCCAGAUGGUGAUCAGCCUGGCAGCGCUUCCAUAACUAGUAGAAACAGCCAGCAAACACAGAAACCAUCACAGACAGAUACACCUCUAGUGGCAGGGACACAGAAGACCUCCCGGCCUCCCUCUGCUCGUCCUAGACCUGACCACUUACCUCUAGGAUCUCCAGACCCCGGAGCCCACCCCCUCUAUCUGGGAGUAGCAUCUCUCACAGGCGGCAGAGACAGGACAGGCAGGGCAGUAGUUGAACUGUAUGGUGACCACCCGGGAUGGCGAACAGCUGUAACAAGCCAGGAGAUCUUCCAGAUGCUGCUGUACUUCCACUCUAUUACCAGGACAGAAAUCAGAGACAGUGGGAUGACACUAGUGUUCGAUGCGAGGAAAACUAAUCCUCAGCCGCACCUCUAUAAGGCUUUGAUGACUCUUCAGGAACAGCGCCCCCAAGCAGUGAGCAGUUUGGUUCUGCUGGUGGACAAAGAGAAUAACUUCAGACCAGAAAGGUGUCCAGGGAUACAGACUGAUAUAGUGACAUCAGUGAAAUCUUUGCUGAAGCUGGCGGAGGCGAGUCAGCUGAGUUCACACCUGGAUGGGACACUGUCUCAUGGUAACGUUGACUGGAAGGAGCUACAUCAGAAACUCUUCCCAUUUGUCUACGAUCUGCAUGUGGCCUCCAGCCUGCUCCUGAGAGCCAUCAGCAAGCUCGAGGAGCCCCGGAGGACAGAUACUGUACAGGGUGUGCAGCAGUGCAUGAUAGACCAGAGGACUCUGAUGAGGGAUGUUCUGGAGGACAGCCGAUUGGUCAGCCUGCAGAGAGAGGGUGGAGCUAUCCUGGCUAGGCUAAGGAAGGAGAGGGACCUCAAAUACCCCCACUGCGAGGACUUUAGUGAUGCAGUGGACUCUGUGACAGGUCUGUACAACCACGUUGAGGAGCAGGCUCACGUCCUCGUGCAGCGGUCCAACGUGUCGCUGGAGCACCUGGAGUACCUGCUUCAACUCAGAGAGAUGGAGGGGCACUUCACACAGAUUCAGCAGUGGUUUAAUGAGGAGGGAGAGCACCAUCUGCUGGAAGCAGAGUCAGUGGAGGACUCUGGAGACAGAAUGGAGCAGAUCCUCAACAGCUUCACUGGUUUCCUAAUUGAAGCUAAUGACCGACGGCACCACGCCAUGUCUUUGGUGUCAGAGGCCGAGCAGCUUCAGCAGAGAGGGAUCUCCUACCCAGAGACUGAGGCGUUCAGGGAUUUUGUCUGUACUUUCAAGUCAGGCCUGGAGGACUUCCUGUGCCGAGCAGAGGCAUGCGGCAGAGAGCUGCAGAUCAUGGUCAACGUGUGCGAUUUUUGUGAGCAGGCAACAGCACUGGCCAGUGAAUGCAUUGAUUACCUGGACCAGUGUCAGUCCAGAAUCCAUGCAGUGCAGGACCUUGAAAGUGCCUCACAGGUUAAACAAAGAGACACUCUGCUCCAAAACCAAGACUCUAGUCCAAACAUUGCAUCCCUUUGUCAGUUUGACAUCCAUACAGAGCAAGGCUCACAUCCAGCCACCACCGGUGUUUCCCCUUCAUGCACUGACAGCUCCAUCCUCCAGGCUUUCCAUGACAGGUUCCAACAGUUCAGCCCGGAGAAAUUCCAGGAGGUAAAGGCACAGGCCAGCUUCCUGCAGGGCUCCCGGGGGAUGCGUGUCUGGAACUUUGCCUGGCUGAGAUGUCAGGAAGCCUGGCAGCAGCUUCAGGAGAGGAUGCAGAAUGUGGAUGAGGUUUAUCACCAACAACCAGAUUCUAGCAGCUGGUGUGAAGGUCAUUUUGUUGACGUGGUGAGCACUAAUGUUCAGACAACUUCUCCCGGCGGCCAUAAUUUGGUGGUACAAUCAACCCCUGGGCCUCGGCAUCCGCAGUGGGAAAGCAUCAUUUCAGGAGCGGUGGAUUUAGGAAAGAGAAGACUGAUCCUGGGCAACAACUGCACUAAUUCAACAGCUGUAGCCUGCUGUAACAUUAUCGUUAAACCUGAGGAUUACAGUGAGGCUGGAAUUUACCAGGGGUCAAAGGUCGCUCCACAAUCUCCUCAUAGGUCAGAAAGGAGAACAGAAAGAGAGGCGAGGAGGAGACAAAUAAGCAGAGCAAGGAGCGAGAGAGACACUGCCGCUCUGUCUCAGUCCCACACUGUCGGCUGCCAAUGGUUUCCAUGGGGACGGGGUCUUGGGGUGAGGUCAGCGAGUCAGGACUCAUGUACCACAGGAGUGGCAAAAGCAGGAUCAUCUACUCCUCCAGAGCAGCGAGUUCGAACCCCAUCAUCUUGUUCCCACCACGGUCAGCCGUCUUGUCGAAUCCUCCAAGAAGCUCAGAAGUUUCAGAUCUCCCGCCAUGGGAGCUUCUGCUCAGAAGACUCCUGCAUGAGCGACCACGGGACUGUGGGGGGUAAAGGGACUGCAUGCUGCAAACACUCCAGCCUGCCCAUUGGGAGAAAUGAGGGGAACUUUGGUUUAGAGAGUCCACACGGGAGUGCCAGCCGCGCCCUGAGGCUGCAGCGUGUCAUGGAGGAGUUGGUGUUCACAGAGAGGGAGUACGUCCGCUCCCUAGGCUACAUCCUCACCCACUACCUCCCCCUAAUGGACAGACUAGACAUCCCCCAGGACCUCAGGGGCAAGCGAGGGGUCAUCUUUGGCAACCUAGAGAAGCUUUAUGAUUUCCACAGCCACUAUUUCCUGCCAGAGCUGGAGGCCUGUCCAAGGGAGCCUGCAAUGAUGGCCCGCUGCUUUCUCAGACACAGUGAGAGUUUUGGUCUAUAUGCUUUGUACAGCAAGAACAAACCUCAAUCAGAUGCCCUGAUCCUGCACCAUCGCCAUGACAUCUUCAAGAAGAAGCAACAGGAGCUGGGAGACAUGAUGGACCUUUCAUCCUACCUUCUGCGCCCUAUCCAGAGAAUUAGCAAGUACAGCCUUCUGCUACAGGACAUGUUAGCUUUGGCUGGCUCAUACAGGUCAAAAGAUAUAAUGCAGGAUGCACUGUGCACUUCUAAUAUAUGCACACAAAGCGUGUCCGGCCCAGCUGUGUAUGUGCCUGACCUGACAAGCAGUGAGAGAGAGCGGGAGAGGGCCGAGAUCCAGGCUGCCGCAGAUCUGAUUCGAUUUCAGAUGCGUCAUGGCAACGAUUUACUCACCAUGGAUGCCAUUCAGGAUUGUGAUGUGAAUCUGAAAGAACAAGGCCAGCUGAUUCGCCAGGACGAGUUCACGGUUUUCUUCAGGAAGAAGAAAUGUGUCCGCCGCGUCUUCCUCUUUGAAGAUCUGAUUCUCUUCAGUAAGACCAAGAAGACAGACAUCGGAAACGACGUGUACAUCUACAAGCAGUCAUUCAAGACAAAUGACAUUGGGAUGACUCAUAACUCUGCUAUGAGCGCUCUGUGCUUUGAGAUCUGGUUCCGGAGGAGAAAAAGUGAGGACACUUACACUCUGAGAGCCUCAAGCGUGGAGGUGAAGAAAGCCUGGACCACAGACCUGGAGAGGAUACUCUGGGAUCAGGCUGCUCACAGCAGAGAAAUGCGCAUGCAGGAGAGGGUAUUCAUGGGAAUGGACCGCAAGCCAUUCAUGGAUAUUCAACCCAGUGAUGCUGCGAUUUGUGACCGAGCUGUCAGCUGUGUUGUUACCGGCAGAAUCCCUGUGGCGUGUUGUUCACACAGGGGUUUAGACUAUCCCCGACCUCACUCCAUUGGCUCUGGCAGCACCACCUCCACCACCCUCAGCCAAUCGUCUUCCUCAUCCGGCCGUGGCUCGCUGCCCCCUGCUGGACAUCCUGGGAACCUGUCACAGGGCGUGGAUGCCAAUCCAGCUGUCUGCUCCUCCCCUGACGCUGUGACUGACAAUGAACUCAACAAUCAUCACCUCCACCUUAACUGUGAACAGUGCGAUGAUCGCCAUCCACUGAUGGACAGCACAGAGUCUUCUGAGGAGUGCACGAAUCUCUUGAGCAACUCGGAGCACAGCUGUCUGUCUGCCAUCAGUGGCGAAAUAGUGGACGACGACUCCUGUGUAUCCCAGAAUUCACAGACCUGUCGGACACCCAGCCUGAGGCGAAGCAGCUCACCGACAGCUACCAGAAAGAAGCCAGGUGUAGCUCCCAAACCUCCACGUCGCGCUAAUUCUCAAGUGCAGGGUGAUGCACUUAUAAUUGGAAAAUCAACAGAAGUUUAAUAUUGAAUCCCCAGCAGAAGAAAGGCAGGUUAAAAUCUACAUUUAUGUCAUUUUUUGUGUGUUUUUAUAUUAAAAAAGGAUACUAUUCAUGUGCAUGUGGUAGUGCAUACACGCAGGGGGGACAGCAUUUAAAAUUCCUUAAAAAAUUAAGAAACCAAGCCCUAGCUUGAAAGACAUACACCAUAAAACUUUCUGUUGUUAAACCUUUAGAUUUGAAUAACAGCAGCUAACCUUAUGUUGGUCAUUUUAUAGUCUUUGAAGCCUAAGGACACUUCUUAAAGAAAUAGUGACAGAUGUGUUUAUAUCAGUGGCACAUCAUUCAAAAUAAUAUGUGCUCUUAAU